GCUCGAGUACCUGUCCCUGGUUUCAAAGGUGUGCACUGAGCUGGACAACCACCUGGGGAUCAACGACAAGGACCUGGCUGAAUUUGUGAUCAAUCUUGCUGAGAAAAAUACAACCUUCGACACUUUCAAAGCUUCCCUCACCAAAAAUGGUGCCGAAUUCACAGACUCUCUUAUAAGCAACUUAUUACGUCUCAUACAGACCAUGCGACCCCCAGCAAAGCCUUCUGCUGUCAAAGAUCCAGUUGUUAAACCAAAGACAGAAAAGGAAAAGCUCAAGGAACUGUUCCCAGCACUUUGCCGACCAGACAAUCCUACAGUCCGGACCAUGCUUGAUGAAGAUGAUGUCAAAGUAGCUGUGGAUGUCCUCAAGGAGCUGGAAGCUCUAAUGCCCAGUGCUGCAGCACAUGAGAAGCAGAGAAGCUCUGAACACCGCGACAGGGCAAAGAAGAAGAAACGGAGUCGGAGUCGAAGCCGAGACAGAGACCACAAACGAAGACAUAGGUCCAGAUCAAGGUCACGUUCUAGGACUCGGGAUAGGAAUAAAGGGAAAUCCAGAUACCGAUCUAGGAGCAGAAGUCAAAGUCCUAUCAAAGACCGGAAAGACCGUGAUAAAUAUGGGGAGAAGAACAAUGACAGAUGGCGAGAUAAACAUGUGGACCGCCCCCCACCUGAAGAGCCUUCCAUUGGGGAAAUUUACAAUGGCAAAGUUACCAGUAUCAUGCAGUUUGGGUGUUUCGUGCAACUGGAAGGACUAAGGAAACGGUGGGAAGGUUUAGUUCACAUUUCUGAGCUUCGCCGGGAAGGCCGAGUGGCCAAUGUUGCUGAUGUUGUGAGCAAAGGCCAGAGAGUUAAGGUGAAAGUCCUGUCUUUCACUGGGACUAAAACCAGCCUGAGCAUGAAGGAUGUGGAUCAGGAUACUGGAGAAGAUCUGAAUCCAAAUCGACGCAGGAACCUUGUUGGGGAAACCAAUGAGGAAACCUCUAUGAGGAACCCUGAUAGACCCACUCACCUCUCCCUUGUUAGUGCCCCAGAAGUAGAAGAUGACACACUUGAACGGAAACGUCUCACCCGGAUCUCAGAUCCUGAGAAAUGGGAGAUCAAACAGAUGAUUGCAGCCAAUGUACUUUCCAAAGAAGAGUUUCCAGACUUUGAUGAAGAGACAGGAAUCCUUCCUAAAGUGGAUGAUGAAGAAGAUGAGGACCUAGAGAUUGAAUUGGUUGAGGAAGAACCUCCAUUCUUGAGAGGACACACCAAACAAAGCAUGGACAUGAGCCCCAUUAAAAUUGUUAAGAAUCCUGAUGGCUCCUUGUCGCAAGCAGCAAUGAUGCAGAGUGCUUUGGCCAAAGAAAGAAGAGAACUCAAACAGGCCCAGCGUGAAGCAGAGAUGGACUCCAUUCCUAUGGGACUCAACAAACACUGGGUGGAUCCUCUACCUGAUGUGGAUGGGAGGCAGAUUGCUGCCAACAUGCGAGGCAUUGGGAUGAUGCCUAAUGACAUACCUGAGUGGAAGAAGCAUGCUUUUGGGGGCAACAAAGCAUCUUAUGGUAAAAAGACCCAGCUGUCAAUCAUUGAACAGAGGGAAAGUCUCCCCAUUUUCAAACUCAAAGAGCAGCUUGUUCAGGCUGUUCAUGACAAUCAGAUCCUGAUUGUUAUUGGAGAGACUGGUUCUGGGAAGACAACACAGAUCACACAGUACCUUGCUGAGGCAGGUUACACCUCCAGGGGGAAAAUUGGAUGUACACAACCUCGAAGAGUGGCAGCAAUGUCAGUGGCCAAAAGAGUAUCAGAGGAGUUUGGUUGUUGCUUAGGCCAAGAGGUGGGCUAUACUAUUCGCUUUGAAGACUGUACCAGCCCGGAAACAGUCAUUAAAUACAUGACAGAUGGGAUGUUGCUACGGGAGUGUUUGAUUGACCCUGACCUUACGCAGUAUGCAAUCAUCAUGUUGGAUGAAGCUCACGAGAGAACAAUUCAUACAGAUGUUCUCUUUGGAUUGUUGAAAAAGACAGUGCAAAAACGGCAAGACAUGAAGCUAAUUGUUACCUCAGCCACAUUAGAUGCUGUGAAAUUUUCCCAGUAUUUCUAUGAGGCUCCCAUUUUCACCAUUCCAGGCCGAACAUAUCCAGUAGAAAUUCUCUACACUAAAGAACCCGAGACAGAUUACUUGGAUGCCAGCCUGAUUACAGUCAUGCAGAUCCAUUUAACUGAACCUCCAGGUGACAUCCUGGUGUUUCUGACUGGUCAGGAAGAAAUUGAUACUGCUUGUGAGAUCUUAUAUGAACGCAUGAAGUCUCUGGGACCUGAUGUGCCUGAAUUAAUCAUCCUCCCUGUGUAUUCUGCUCUACCAAGUGAGAUGCAAACCCGGAUCUUUGACCCAGCUCCUCCUGGUAGCAGGAAGGUUGUAAUUGCUACCAACAUUGCUGAGACUUCUCUGACAAUUGAUGGGAUCUACUAUGUGGUGGACCCCGGGUUUGUGAAGCAGAAAGUAUACAACUCCAAGACUGGGAUCGACCAGCUGGUGGUGACUCCCAUCUCUCAGGCUCAGGCAAAGCAGAGGGCUGGCAGAGCUGGGAGAACAGGGCCUGGAAAGUGUUAUAGGCUCUACACAGAACGUGCCUACCGAGAUGAAAUGCUGACCACCAACGUGCCUGAGAUCCAGAGAACUAAUUUAGCCAGCACGGUGCUCUCUCUCAAGGCCAUGGGCAUCAAUGACCUGCUUUCCUUUGACUUCAUGGAUGCCCCCCCAAUGGAGACUCUGAUCACAGCCAUGGAGCAGUUGUACACAUUAGGAGCCCUGGACGAUGAGGGCCUGCUCACCCGUCUGGGCCGAAGGAUGGCAGAGUUUCCCCUGGAGCCAAUGUUGUGCAAGAUGCUGAUCAUGUCUGUGCAUCUAGGUUGCAGUGAAGAGAUGCUCACCAUUGUGUCCAUGCUGUCAGUGCAGAAUGUCUUCUACAGGCCCAAGGAUAAACAAGCCCUUGCAGAUCAGAAAAAAGCCAAAUUCCACCAGACUGAAGGGGACCACCUCACUCUCUUGGCUGUGUACAAUUCUUGGAAGAACAACAAAUUCUCCAACCCCUGGUGUUAUGAGAAUUUCAUACAGGCUCGUUCCUUGCGCCGAGCCCAGGAUAUCCGUAAACAGAUGUUGGGCAUCAUGGAUAGACAUAAGCUGGAUGUGGUGUCCUGUGGCAAGGCUACAGUCCGUGUGCAGAAAGCCAUCUGCAGUGGUUUCUUCCGAAAUGCUGCCAAGAAGGACCCACAAGAGGGCUAUCGUACUUUGAUUGACCAGCAGGUGGUCUAUAUUCAUCCCUCCAGUGCUCUCUUCAACAGACAGCCGGAAUGGGUGGUGUACCAUGAGCUAGUUCUGACUACCAAGGAGUACAUGCGGGAGGUUACCACCAUUGACCCCCGGUGGCUGGUAGAGUUUGCCCCAGCCUUCUUCAAGGUAUCAGACCCCACAAAGCUCAGCAAGCAGAAGAAGCAGCAGCGGCUUGAGCCCCUGUACAACCGCUAUGAGGAGCCAAAUGCUUGGAGGAUCUCCCGGGCUUUCCGGCGGCGGUGACAAGGAAGCCACAGUCUCUAACAUAAAGUGCUCAGUUCCGGGUCCCCCCUGUGGGAUAGAGGUCCAGGACUCUAGUGACUUAUUUAAAACUCACCACUUGGGGGGGCAUAGCUGUCCUUGGGCUUAGAGGCCCCAAAACCAAAGGAGGACAUCCUGAACUUGACUCUCAUUUCUUUCCUUGUGGUGAAAUCCUCAGAAGGCAAGAGCCCACUUGGCCUUGAGAUACACUCAACCCUCUUGGCUGGGGCUAGCGUGGGCCCUGUGAAGGACAGGUAUGUAGCACCUUUUUCUGCACAGCUGGAUUAAGAGGAACUGUUUUCUCUUUUCUGAAUGGCUCAUGCUACAAGAUCUUUGGACCAAAGGGCCCUAACAUGCCAAGCACUGAAGUCCUCACCCAUCAGCCCAGUGCUUUUUGAAGACUUAGCAGCAGAAUGUCCAGGUGGCAGUGCCCUGGCUUUCUACCUACUCUCCAACCUGUUUCUUCAAGCUUAACCCUUUGGAAAUAUGUAUUUGUGUAUUUUUAAAUACAUAUGUAUAUUUUU